AAAAAAAGAAAGGCUCAAGAUUGGAUGUUUUGGUGAUUUGUAGUUUAGCUGUUGUCUGCCGCAUCUUAUUUUGAAUCUUUUUGCUCCCUCCUUUCAUUUCAAUAUAUGUCCACACUUUAUUUUCAGUUUCACACCGCCAAAUCAGACUACUAUUAAUUGACAAUGUCAUAAUGUGAAUAAUAUGAAAGUCUGUCGACUCUGCCCAAACAAAAUUUCAAAUCUCAACAACGCCAUUCCUUUCUUAAAAUCCCAUUUUCCGAUGUCCUCGAUUUCCAUUUUCUUAUUCCGUUUUUCCGACUAAUAUAUAAACACAGAAAAGAGGGAAUUCUUCUUUCUGGGUAAUUGUACUACUGGUAGUUGACAAUGGCGGGUACAUCGUCAACCUCGCUGCAAAUCCCUCAUCGGAGAUGGAAAGACAGAGACGAAACCAGCCCGGAACGUACCAAAAUCUGGACUGAACCACCAAGUAAUAAUAACAGUAAGCAGAGGAAUUCCAAUCGGAGAGUCCCUGUUAUUUACUAUAUUUGCCGGAAUGGCCAGCUUGAACAUCCUCAUUUCAUGGAAGUCCCUCUUUCUUCCCCAGAAGGCCUCUAUCUCAAAGAUGUGAUCAACCGUUUGAAUGCACUUCGUGGCAAAGGAAUGGCUUCCUUAUAUUCUUGGUCUUCCAAAAGGAGCUACAAGAAUGGAUACGUAUGGCACGAUUUGUCGGAAAAUGACUUCAUAUAUCCGGCGCACGGAAACGAGUACAUUCUUAAAGGAUCCGAGAUUUUUGAAGCCGCUGCUUUGACGUCGGCGACGGAUGAAACAGCCAAAUUACCACCGGCGGCGGAAACUCGAGGAGAUCAACAGGAGUUCCCGCCGGUCAAACCUCACCGGAGACGGAACCAGUCGUGGAGCUCAUUCGACAUCCACGAGUACAAAGUGUACGCCGGCGAGUCCGUCUCCCGUUCCGCCGCGGCGGAUGCCGCCACCCAGACAGACGACAAGCGCCGCCGCCACCGCCGCGCGAUCCGGAAGAUCGAGGAAGAGGAAAACGAGGCGGCGGAGAAAGCGGAGGCCAACUCCCACUGCCAGAGUUCCGCCAGCGAGAUAAUCGUUAGCAGCACCGACGAGAUCUCCGAGAUCUCACCGCCGCCGUCCGAUUCCAGCCCCGAAACUCUCGAGACCUUAAUGAAGGCCGACGGAAGAAUUCUCCUCCGGCCAGAAGCCGCCGCCGACGAUCGGACGGCGAACAAUUCUUCAACCGGAAAGACGAAAGCGUCGUCGGUUUUGAUGCAGCUGCUUUCCUGCGGUUCUCUGGGGUUCAAGGACUGUGGUCCCGGCGGCCAGGGGAAGGAGAAUGGAUUUUCGCUAAUCUCGCACUACAAGGUCCGGCUGCCACGUGGCGGCGGCAGGGCGAAGGAUUCGUCGGAGACUGAGAGUACGGCGGGGUCCACCAUCUCCGGGUUUGGAGGGGGGAUGAGGGUAAAACUGGAAGAUAAGGAGUACUUCAGUGGGAGCUUAAUAGAGACAAAGAAGAACGAAUUUCCAGCUCUCAAGAGAUCUUCUUCUUACAAUGCUGAUCGGUAAGUACUCUUUUUCUUUUCUUUUACUGCGCAGUAAUUAUUAUUUUUGCUUGGAUUUUUGUUGGGUUUCCAUUUUUACGGUAUUGUGUUCUGUUACAUUUUUGUCUAGUUUUACACAUUUGACUUUCUUGUGUAGUUCAACAAUUCACAUGUACAAUUUUGUCUUCCAAUGAUGAAUCACCAAUUCGAUUAACUAAGGUCUACAUUAAUGGUAGUUUACUUUGGAAUUGUCAAUUGUAACGUUAGGAAAUCAUGGAAAAUUUGAGAAAUAACCUAAGGGUUACUAAAUAGUACUCUCUCCGUCUCAUAAUUAUUGUCUAGUUUGAAAUAUCAUUAUCAGUACAAUUAAACUAAAGGUGAAAAUUCAAACAAAUUUUAGACAGAUGGAGUAUCAAGGAUUCAGUAAAGUUUUGGUUUGAUACAUAGUUGUAAUGGAUGGGAGGAAUCUUAGGAGAUUUGCUAGAGUCAUGAAAUCUGUUGUGAUGUUCUUACUAUUUUGGCCCUUUACCUAGUGGAAGUUGUGAAAACUGAAACCAACCAAAAUAUACUCUGUGGUGGUACAUUCUGUGCAUUUCCAAUGGGGCCAGAAGAGUAUUACCUUUUCAAUGAUGACAAAUUGUACAUAAAAAAAACAAAAAUACUCUCUCCGUCCCAUAAAAAUAGUCCACAUUGAAUUUUGAAUUUUGUACUCCUUCCAUUUUAAAAUAAGUGUCAUCCUACACUUUGUACAUAGUUUAAGAAACUCUUAAAUAUAGAAAUAAAAUUACU